AUGGCGCUACCACCCAAGUGGUACCAGUUUCUCGUGUGCGUUUUCGCCUCCCUGGGCUCAUACCUCUACGGUUAUGAUCUUGGUGUGAUUGCGGAAGUUGUGGCCAGUUCUACCUUCAAGGGGAAAUUCCACCCAGAUGACACGCAAUCCGGUCUUGUUGUGUCCAUGUUCACCACGGGCGCGUUCUUCGGCGCAGGCCUUGCCGGUAUCAGUGGUGACUACCUUGGACGUCGUAUGACGAUCGUAAUCGGAGCCGUGAUCUUCUGUCUGGGUGGUGGCCUACAGACUGGUGCAGAAAGCAUUCACUAUCUUUGGUCCGGACGAUUCUUGGCCGGCCUUGGUGUCGGUUUCCUUGUGAUGAUCGUGCCUAUGUACCAGGCUGAGCUGGCUCAUCCAUCUAUCCGCGGGCGUGUGACGGCUCUCCAGCAAUUUAUGCUAGGCGUGGGCGCCUUGGUGGCCUCCUGGAUCUCGUGGGCGACUUACGUCCAUAUUGCCAACAACAGCGCACAAUGGCGAGUGCCCCUCGGUCUGCAGAUUAUACCAGCCGUCUUCCUCGGUCUUCUUAUCUUCAUGUUCCCAGAGAGUCCCAGAUGGCUUAUGGACCACAACAAACCGGACGAAGCCCUCAAGGUCCUGGCCCAGCUCCACGCGCAUGGCAACGAACAAGACCCCUGGGUCAUGGCAGAGUACGAACAAAUCCAAGCCUCGAUUGCCUACGAGCACGACAACGAAGCCAAGUCUUAUCUCGAGCUCUUCCGAUCCGCCUCCUCUUUUCGGAGACUUUUCCUGUGCUGUGCCUUGCAAGCAUCAAUCCAGAUGACGGGUGUUUCUGCAAUCCAAUACUAUUCGGUCACAAUCUAUGGACAGAUUGGUAUCUCCGGCAACGACACACUCAAAUAUCAGGGUAUCAACUCGAUCAUUGCACUGAUCGCUCAGUUCUGCACCAUCCUCUUCAUCGACAAGACUGGCCGUCGUUGGCCUCUCAUAUUGGGCAACCUUGGUAAUAUGGUCACGUUCAUUAUCGCCACGAUCCUCCUUGCAAAGUUCCCGCCUGGCAUAUCCACCAACACUGGCGCUCAAUGGGGCUUCAUCAUCAUGACCUGGCUGUACAAUUUCUCCUUCAGCUGCACUUGCGGUCCUUUGAGUUGGAUCAUUCCCGCCGAGGUCUUCGACACUCAUACUCGAAGCAAGGGUGUCAGUAUCGCGACCAUGACCAGCUUUGCUUUCAACACUAUGAUUGGCCAAGUCACGCCUAUUGCCAUGACUAACAUUGGCUAUCGCUUCUAUUUCCUGUUCAUUAUUUGCAACUUCACCAACGCCAUCUUCUUCUGGCUGCUUCUCCCGGAGACCGCCCGCCGUCCUCUCGAAGAGAUGAACUACCUGUUCACCCACGCACCCUGGAUCGUUGUCGGAACCACGAAAGAUAGCUAUGCCAGCCACGACCUGGAGAACAGACUCCAGGAGAUCACCCACCAAGCCGAGAUCAAGAGAAGUGAAAGCGUCAUGCAUGAUGAGAAGGCUGUCCGAUAAGAUGCGGUGGUCAGAUUGAUAGGGAGAAACCAGGGAACUCAAGACUGUCAGGCAAGUGGUAGAUGCGGGGCGUC